CAACAGUUAACUGACGUUUCGUGGCUAAAAGAAUUAACACUUUAAAAAGGAGCUGCUAUUUUGCUGACUAAAGUUUAUCAAAGUACUUUCUGAAAGAACUGGUCGAGGUAAGAAAUACUUGUAGAGGGUUCCAAGACAAUAAACGUUUAUGUUUGUUUCUAUUUUUGUUAAUAGAGAGAUCCACUAUGAAAGCGUAUUUUCGAUACUUGUGGAUUAAGUGCUUUUCAAUUUGGCAAGAUUUUGUUCAAGCGCAUUAGAUUGCUUUUUUGAUGCUUGAGUUAAUCGGUUCAUUAUGAUCGUGAGGGAGAGGGAGUUUAGCGACGCUCGGUCGAUCUAUGAGUUAACUUAAUGAAAUUUCAUUUAUCCAUCAUUUCAUCCUCACCUUUCCCGGUUAUAUUACGAACCAACUUUAUGACCAGCUGCCAGUUGGUUUGCUAACUUAGUUAAUAAUUGAUUAGAGCGCUUUACCGGUAUCACAGAUGUCAAGAAUCACUGACUGCUGUACUCCUGUAUCUCUGCCCUCUUGUUCCCUCCUCGGCUAGCACCUGCUAUUUGCGGGGGGAAACUGACUUCAUGUAUUUCAGUUGUUAAUAAAUUGUGUGAGUGUGAGUAUGAUUCCCAGCAGGACUGAAUUUUUUCAGAUUUUCUUUUCCCAACUGCAUAAGGUUGCGUCCUUAAGUAGCUGCGAUAAUCUUUACUGUUCGACUGUUAGAUUGUUUCAAUGACCGUCGAUUUUUGUCACGUAGAUUAGAUUUUUACUCUUUUAAGUCAUUACGAGUUUUAGUGUAGUGAAACAGAGUUCACUGUUGCUUACCAUUAGAAAAUACGUCUGCAUGGUGGCAAAGUUUUUAACCAGCUUCGUCACUCCUAACAGAAAGCAGUCACUGAGUCGUAAGUUAGUUGCUACGUAGCCUUACGGGGCGGCCAGGGGAAAAAAGCAUACGCUAGAAAUAUGGGUACUUUUGCAUGAGCAUUAUACGUUGAGGGCACACGGUAUACCUAAGUGGAACAAUAGGGACAUUUAUACGAGGAAAUAAGACGCAAACUGUCCUGUAUAAACGGCAUAUUUCGUCUCUAAUAAGACACGACUUAGCUAAGACGCGUCUUAUCUUAACAUAGUCCUUUACACUGUUCUUAGAUAAGACGCGUCUUAGCUAAGUCGCGUCUUAUUUGAGACGAAAUGUGCCGUUUAUGCAGGACAGUUUGCGUCUUAUUUCCUUGUAUAAAUGUCCGUAAUCUGUGUCUAGUAGAGUAUUAGCAGUAAGUUGUAAUGAACUGUUAUGGCUUUUUUAUUCCAUUUUAUUAUUCGCUGAUCAGGGCUGGCAGAUGUUAACAUUUGGCUGUCAGUAAAAUAAAUUUAAAGGGGAACCCUGUGCAUAUUUCUUGGUAUUUCAGGGAAGCAGCGGAUGAGAAUAAAAGUUUGAGAAACGGCUGGUUAAGUAUGCAAAUUUGAUGCGAGUUGGAUUCAAUCUACGGUCAAUAGUGAUAAACAGCGAAAAUCUGCAUAUUUUCCAACCCUUCUAUCUUCGACACAUUUCCACCACUGCAAGUGUUGAGCAACAGAUUACAAACCUACGAUGUCCUGUGAAAUGACUAACAGACGACAUUGGUCGUCCUGGGGUGCCAAUUUCUCUGAGAGCCUUUGUGUUCAGAAGGUUCAUGAAGGCAUUCAUUAAGAAAAUCCGGUCUAAUGAGUCACCCCCCACUAACUAUCAAAUCGGCAUAUGGAAAUCAGCAUUGAGUCAGUUCUGGAACUGUUUUAAAAUUUUUGUUUUUCAAGUUCAUUCAGAAAUAAUGACAGGUUACGCUGUUAAUGUUAAAAUUCCAGAAACAAAUUUCAAUUACACUAAUUAAAAAUAAAAGCAGUUCGAGAUAACAUACUGAAGUGGAUAACUGCUGCGUUUUUGUGAACCUUAAAAAUAAGAGCACUUUAUAUUAAUUAGGACAAGCUUUUGUCCGAAAGCAUAGUGGAUGACUUCAUAGUGGAUGACUUCUAGUUCAUUACAAUACACUCUUUGAUUUGAAAGGAAAAGUGUUUUUGAUAACUUGAACUCCACUAAAGAAAUACCAGUCACAUCAACCAAGUAAAACAUAGAAAGGCGACCAUGUAUGGAUUACACAGCUUGACAGAACAUUCUACACUUAAUGUCGAGUUCUCAAGGGAAUCUGUUAGUUUGGUGUGGAAGGACAGGGGGGUGGGAGCCUGGGAAAAUGGGCCGGGGCGGGAAGGGUGGGAAUCCGGGUGAGAGUUCUAAACGCGUGGAAAGUGGGAGGAAUAACGGGAAAUUACUUUUAGAUGCUCAUUACAGUUUGCAAUUAAAAAAGGGCUAAAGAGAAAAAGACACGAAAAGAGGAGCGGGAGCUGGGAAUUCAAGGUACGGGGGCCGGGAGGUCUGUAGCCCCUGUUUCCACAGCCUUGUUUUCCAGAGAGAACCUAUGCUUCCCCUACGCGAAAGUCGGAUUAGCGGAAAACAAAAAUAACCGUUUCCUCGGGGACCAGACCUUUCAUUUUUUGUUGCAUUUUCUUGUGUUUUCGAGAUCAUUUCUCUUUACCAGUAGAUGUAUUUCUUUAUGUGAUAACUUCGAAAAUCUUCGCUGUUAAGCCUCAGGGUCCAUUUUGCAUUGUUGUGUUAAUUCACGAAAGUGAAAACUGGCAGCGUUCUCACCGUCUUAUGUCACGCCACUUUCCAUCAUGCCUUGAUCACGUGCUCUUUAAAAAUAUGGAAAACCCACUAAUUGCGGGGAGGAUUCAAUUAGAACGGUUUAUCUCAAGGGAGGUUUUUGAAAAAAUAGGUAGCACCUUUCAAGGUAUUACUUGUUUUCUAAAUUUUACUAAAAUCCCAGAAAAUUUUCGUACCAUUUGGCGACAAUUUAUACCAGUACUAUUCUAUUUCCGAGAAGACAGCCACUCCCAAGACGGCUAAACUGCAAAACAGUCCGUAUUUUUACGUAUUCAAGUACGCGCAAGCAAUCAAACAGAAGGUCUGGAACGAGGCUGAAAACGGAGCAUACGACUCUUACACCACGCUUCACCGAUUUCUUUGCUGAUUUUGAGAAAAAAACCGACUGUUUUUCAGUGUAAAGAUGCCGGAUUCAAGUAAUGAAUAAACUGCAAAACAGUCCGUAUUUUUGCGUAUUGAAGUAUGCGCGAGCAGUCAAACAAAAGGCUGAAGCGAGGCUAAAAAAAGAGAGCGAAACUGGAGAGAGACGCUGUCUUUUUUUUUUUGUUUUUUUUCGCUCGCCUCACACGCGCUACGGCGUGUGAGGCUUGCGCGCUUCGCGCGCAUACGACUCUUACGCCACGCUUCAUCGAUUUCUUUACUGAUUUUGAGAAAAAAACCGACUGUUUUGCAGUCCAAGUAAUGAAUGGUUACUAUUCCAAAUCGUUUAUGUCGUGACAGCUGUUUUAUUCUCAUCAUAAUCGCCACUGUUACAAGACUUCUUGCAACACAAAUGUAGCACUCUAGGUGAGAAAGAUUGAAGUUUUGGUCGUCGAUACUUGCGUCUAUCUUUGCUUUCGUGAUUCGUGCUUUUCGUGAUUUAGCCAGGACAACGCACCGUGAUUGGUUGAAAACGGGCAACCAUUAUUUCGGCGGCGAUUUCAUAGUAACAGCAGCUCCUGUUUCAGUUAUUAUGAGACCACUCCUAGUUUUGUUCCGACUUGCAAAUUUUGAUUAGAAACUCGCCGAGUUAACAUACAAAAGCAUCGAAAUAGCCUUAGAAUUGGAAAGGUUCUCAGUAUACCAAUCAUCGCAGAUGCCUUAAAUAGUUGUGUUGUACUUUUAGAACGCGAUCUGUUUUUACUGGCAAAUUCCUGAAGAGCAAAGUUUAAUUAACCUGCGUUAUGGAACCAACCGGUUCCACAGUUCAUAUUGGUAAAACUUACCACUACGGUUAAAGACUAUGAAUAAGUUAUAGUCUAAACUCACUCCGAAGUACUACUGCCAACAAUUUUGCUAUGUCGUUUCCAAAAAAACUACGAGCAGCAUGCUUGACUUGACAAAAUGUAUUCGGGUCUUUCUCUCUCCCUCUCUCGCUCCCUCCGAACUUCGUUGUUUUUCUAUGGUUGUCUGCUACAACGUCUUCAACUUCAACUAACUCAUCCAAAUUUUGGCCACCCAAAUAGCUGAACUGUGGACCUGCAAUUUAGACAUGUUUGGUAUAGCCGCCGAGCAAGAGAUCUUUUAUUGCACUUCCUCUUCACUAAAAAGGUGCGCGCUUCCACCAACGCAUUUCCGAGGGUGUUUUUGACUAGCAAUUAAAAAACUAAUGAAAUAAUAGAAAUUAAAAAUUGAAAGUUAGACUAGCCACUACCCAAACAAUUUGUUGUUUCCCCCCAAAACACCCGACCUAAGCACGGAACUACAUAAUUGACCCAUUUUCAGUGCUUUAUGAUAUAGCUUUGAAAAUGGUCAUAUGUCUUCAAGUCUUCUCCAAGUGUCCACUUCUAAACUACAUAUUUUCGAAAAGAAGUCGAUAUCACUUGACUUGAAAACAACAACCUAAUUAAAACUACCGGUAUGGGCUGGACCUUGGAGUCUUAAACCAACCUUUUAUUGAAAGAAACUCUUAACGCAAGACAAACCUAAACCCUUAAGCAGUUUUAAAAUACUUCGCAAACGUUCAAAAAACAAAAACCUUGAGAGGCCAUGAUAAACGGAUUUAACCUUAGGAAUAAACAGAUUGUACGCUAGAUUGAAACAAAAGUAACUAGCCCUUGAUUAAUUGUGCUCCUUCUAUCCAUAACACUUUUGAUCCCUAUUAGUUUAAACAUACGUCACGUACUUUUAGCAGUUUAGAUGGGGCUGCCAAAACCAUUAGUCUUAGUUUAUUUGAAACAGACCAACCCAAAUAAGUAAAUGUUCUUUACAUUAGUUAAGCAAGCAUGUAGAGGAGACUUAAAAAGACACAAUUUCACUUUAAUGCACCUAUAAAUAGAAACUUUGUUUAAAUAACGGCCCUCACACUUAAGCUUUUUCACCUGUAGGCCUGGUGAAGGACGUGUCAUCUGUCAGAGCUCAAAAAAACUACACGUGCUCAACUGCAUCACAGAAGUGGCGUCAAAAGCGUUUCUCCUUGUCGUAAAACUACUUUACAAUGGAUUCAUGGAGCUCUUGGCAAGUUUUCUCUCUUCUUUGCUUUAUUACCCUUAUCAGCACGACGGAUUGUCAUAUUUUCUCGCAUGUCCACGCUCGGAGCGUAAAUGGACCAGGAGCACAAUCUUUUGUUGACAGCUUGUUCGAAAAAUAUGGCAAAAACAAAUCAAUGGACUUGAAACAGUUUAAAGCUCUUUUGAAAGAACUUAAGGUUGGAUCCAUGCAAGCUGCAGAAUCAGGCCACGGACAUCAUGAAAGUCAUCAUGAAAGUGAGAGUGAAUCAUCACACGGACACCAUGACAAAGAAGAAAAGGGAUCGGAUAAGGUAAGCCGACCAAGAACAUUAACGAUUAGGUACAACUGGUUGGUCAGACCAGUUAAUGAGCCAUUCGCUAAACGCAUCCAUUAUUGAUCAGAAAUACCCAGUCAGAUCAGUACAUGCACAACAGUGGGUAAACACUAUUACAUCAUUAGUUUUCUACAAAUUUUUAUAUUUUUCCUAUUUUUCCUGUACAUGUAAAUUGAUUCUGAAACCCCUAUUGGGAGAAUUAAUAAACAUACUGUAUUGUACUGGGGGGUUGGGGGUGGGGGUGGUGGCAUUCAGCAUGAGCUCGAUCCCCCAAAAAGCCUGUUUGACUUUCAAAAUUACCUUUCCAUCCGGCCAGUUCUGGCUUUCGGUAAACGCUCUUAAACAUUUCGAACUUUUUCGACGCUAUUUUUUGCGCAAAAGAGUAAAGAAGAGAGUUUUUGAUGAUGGCUUGGUAGCCAGGCGAGACGUUAACUGCAAGGGAGACUCCAGUUUUUAGUGGCCUGCGAAUGCAGAUUUAUUUCCGGUUGACGCUUCCUCGUGCCAAAAAAAGUAACGUCUGCGUUAAGCGUCUAAGAAAGCCAAGGGUAAGCUUAUAGCUUUACCCUAAAAAUGAAGGGUUUUUAAGUUUACCGCUUUACGUAACACCAGACCAGGCCAAGAUAACGUUAUUAAGCUUAUACAUUUCACAAAUCGUAACCCCUAAAGCCGUAUGGGAUUGUUUGGGCGGUCUAGCUCAUUUUAUAAUUUUUCUUUAACCCUUUCCGUUCCGAGUCAAUUACAUAUAGAGAAAAUCUUAUAACUUUUGAGUCUGUGAAUCAAUGGAACGGUAUUAAAGUACUUUCAAUUGUAAAAAUCUUUUUUUACGCAUUGAUGAAAGCAAAAUUCAAGUAUUUCUCUCAAAGUUUUUACAUUGACUUGCCUAGUCCCUAGGCCUCAUCAUUAUGCGCGGCCGAUGCGUUUCGGGUCACGUGGUCCGAGAAAGUUUUUGAGGCCUAGACAAACUCGGAGAAGUGAGAAAUUUUGUCUGACUUGGGGCGGAGCGUUUGGAAGCGGGCGAGCUGUCAAUAACUUUUCCGCGCUGAUGAAAGAUGUCCAGCAGCCAUGGAGAGUACAGAGAAACGAACAUUUUUAUUCUAUGCACGUUUUCAUUGUUGAAAGUCGUUUGGCCUUUUUUUUCUAUUUAUCUCAUUAAACUAAUUUGAUUUUUAUUUCAUUUCAAAAACUAUUUGUAGGCUAAGCAAAACAGCGUCACAAAAAAAUUAUUUGAUCAAGAAUCGGAAGGUAAGCUUAAGAAAUAAGUUUAUAUUUAUUCUUGGAUAUGACAAGCUAUCUUUCGUUUCUCUAUUUUCGCUUGCUCCUAUAAAUUUCUCGUUUUCACUUCGAAAUACUUUAUGUAAUUUAAUUUUUGGAUUUGGAAGCUUAUCAAACGGGCUGUUGAAUUUGGUCUCUAAAUUUGGUAGAAUGUCAACAAACUACUGUUUCAAAUCAUUUUAUCAAUAAAGACUAUGAUUUUAGUGGUUCAUUUGAAGAUGGACUAAAAGAGAAAUUACUUACACGUUAUACAGUAGUAUUCUUUCCGAUUCGAAGUAAUAUUUUUGUUCUUUUAUAAUACGAACUAGGUUAGUUAUUUUUGUAAAAGGGUCAAUAGUGCCGAUCUUUAGCGAAGGAUACUCACGCGCAAAGUUAUUUAUAGAUUAUUUCAGUUGACCGUAUGAACGUUUCAAAAAUACUCACGCAUGCGCACUCCGAGAUUGUCUAGGCGUUUCCCGGCCGUUCGUCUCGGAUACGUCACCGAAAUACAUUGACCGAGAAGGCCUGAAAAGACGCCGGACAGGGACUAGGCAAACAUUUACCCAUAUUUGAAUCAAAGGGGAUAAGCUAAAAUCUCUAAAAGCUUCUAUGAAAGCUUGUGUUUAAUAUUUUUUUAAAGUUCGGCUAGUGUAAUCAUUUCGCUGUUUAGACUAUGCUUAAUGUUUAUCACUUAAAACAAACGAUAUCUUCUACGGUUUUGUAGAACGAGUUAAGGCGGUGUAGAUUACAGACCAGCUGAGAGUCCUAGUAGACUCAACUCAAUAUGUGUCUGGAUCCAUCAUACGUGGCAGUUUUUGACUAGGAAUACCUAUUUAUUUUAGUUUCGAGUCUUGGUUCUAAGAGAAUCUAUUUAUACAAAUCUGUACCUCCGCCUGAUAUAAAACAGUUACUUUGAAGAAGGAGAAGGAUUUUUCGAGCUGCAUGGCAGGCGCUUUACGAGCCAAGCGAGGUGAAUGGGGCCUUUCGCGCAAAGCGCGAGACGAGGAUCACCUGACAUUCUGUGUCGGCGUCUCGCGCUUCGCGCGAAAUAUCCCCCCGCCCGGCUUGACUCACUAAACGCCUGUCAACGCAGGUGCAUUUCUUUGAGGGUAUCAAUUAGGUGAUAGUGACAUUUGAUUUCUUUCCGCAACGGUUAACUGUGAAUGUGAAAAACAAAACCGUUUACAAUGCGACUACUGUAACCAGGGCCACUUCGACAAAGUUGACAACUCUGAUUACCGGAAAAUAACAAUAGAUUUCGAGAAAGUUGGUUGUGGGCCAAUCAGCAGCUCGUAAAAAGAUAAUAAGUUACUCGAAGCACAACGUUAAAGGUGGUUCCACUGAGUUUUUUAGGGAGUAUACUUCCCCACUUUGAGCAUUUACUACGUCGGCAUUACCAUAUCGAUAUGUACUAUAUAAAGAUGAAAAUUUGUUAUGAUCUAUGUUUUAUUGACAUCAUAGUUGCCAUGACAACGUAAUGACGCCAUUUCGUUUUUUACUUUCGUUUGCAUUUUUUGGCACCAGACGUUUUUUCAGAAAUCGCUUAAGGGAGCUUGUACCUCCCUUGGUUGCAUCAAUGAUGGCAAAGUUUGAACAAAUUCUGUGAGAGCGUUUUAGAAAUAUUUUGAAACAAAAAUCUAAGGGUCAUAAAAACAGUGGAGAAACAUGCUAUUGACAUAAUUGACUAAUAUCUAAAGAAAAUGAUGAGGUCUGGAAAUGCAGUUUCAUCUCACCGUGGUUUGAUUCUAUCUGAAAAUGCGCACCAAAAAACAGGGGGAUUGCUUCGGCCGAUUGCGAGAAGGAAGAAUUAGCCUACGUUCGGCUUCUUUCUUUACCAAUUUUGUAUCUAAUUUGGUUCACGCCUACAAAUUUCACGGUAAUUUAAAAAUCGCAUAAUAGUUUUUUUAAAAAACUUGACAAUCCCGAGAUUAAUCUUCAAUUUACAUGUACCUUGAGGGCCUCAAGGUUUCAAGGACAUUGAAAACAAGGAAGGCAAUGAGGCUUCAAAUGUCACAAAAUUUUUCCCUCCGGUUUUGUGUUUUCAAGUGAGCGUCCUCAUUAUUCACUGGCAUUAUUUUCAAGUUUCAUAUUCACGUGCACAACUUGAGCAAAAAAACUAUAUUGCAAUCAAAAGGACCCUUCAAUUACUUCCCGGUCGUAUUGAGGAGUCUUCGUACUAAUGAAAAUAAGGUGAAUGAUAACUUGUCUUGCAGAACGGAAACAUAAAUGCAAAAUCUAUUGUAUAGCGAUUUACUUCUGCGUUCCACAUGAUGAAAAAGUGACGCUACAGACACUGUCUUCACCAUUUCUGUUGCAUUAGCAUAUUUCGGAGAUUUCUUCCGAAAGAAAUCGAGGGUCAGUCCUUUUCAAUGCAAAUUAGUUUUUUGCUAAAGUUGUGCACCUGUGUAUGAGGGUGUCUGCAAAACCAGGAACAGGCUCGGAACACCCUGGGACAUCCCCGGAACACCCUCAGGACACUCCGGAAUACUCCGGAAGAACCCCCUAGCUGGCUGGACCUCCCCCGGAACACCCUUAAUAACAAAACCAGAAAAAACCUAAAAUAUCGUAAAUGAAUCAAUAAAUAUGUUUUAUCUGUAACUGGAAAACGGAGAUUGGUCAGAUUGACGAAUUCACGCUACUUAACGACUUCUGAAGAUUUUAAGAAAGUAGUCCGUUGCCUUUAUACGAAUACUUACUAGCCUUGUUGUCUGAAAUAUAGCUGAAAGAGCCGCUGCUGAAGACAAGAAAAAAAAAGACCAAAAAUAAAAUAUCUUCUAAAUAAUUAUCUUGCCGAUUUGAUGUCUACCGUGUUGGAGGACUAUCACUUACAAAAUUCAGCUAUUUUGAUUCUUGUCUUGUUUUCUUUUACUUUGAUAUAUUGUCCUUGAUUAAAAAGAAAAAUAUUCUCGGUUUUAGUGUACCAUUUUGACUUUCCAGCUGAUACUUUUUUUCUCUUUCGAGAGAGUAGUUUAUAAAUUGCAUGGAGAUUUCUUUGCUCUCUCGGUAUUUCCCGGAAGGGGGACAUGCACUCUCUUAUUUUGCCUUGACGGUUAUGUACCCUUGAGCAGCGCAUGGUUUUCAGGGUCUUGGACCGGAAUCCUUUACAAGAAUGUGAAGGUUGGAUAUAAGCUGUCUACGUCUGUGGUACCAUCAAUUUUUUACCAAAAAAUCCAACUCCACGAUGUUAAUUAGGUUGAGAAAUUACUUAGUUCUGUCAGCGAAACAAAACGAAUCAGGGUCCUAAAAUAAGGUCUCUUGUCUUAAGCAGGGUCUGGGUCUGAACGCCUCAGCGCCAAAACUUUACCCAAAAUUUCCUUGAGUGCACCCCUCGGGUACGGUCCGUUAUGCUUUUCUUGGUCUGGAGCGCAAUGUCCUGUAGUUCCUCCGUUGGAAUGAAUACUUUGGUUUAGCUUAACAGUCUAUGCACUGCGACUGUUCUGAAGGUUGUUGAGACAGCUUCCUCAGAUAGAGCACCCUCUCUGUCUUGUUCGGCCGUGAUAUAUGUCUGAGUGUCCUGGCCUUGAGUAUUGCUGACUAGCCACUAGUGAAGCUGUCACGUGGUUAAGAUCCAUAUUUAUCUCAUUUUGAAAAUCAAAAACUCCAUUUGAGAAAUCAAACGCGAUAAAUUUUGGAAAGAUUAGCUGGAAAAUCAAAAUAAAACACUAAAACAAAAAAUAUCUUUCUUUUUAAUCAAAGACAAAAUAUCAAAAUCAAUAUCAAUAUCAAAAGCAAGAAAACAAGACAAGAAUCAAAAUAAGUGAAUUUUAUAAGUGACACUCCUCGAACACGGUAGACAUCAAAUCGGGUAGAAGAUAUUUAGUGGAAAUAUUGUAAAUCCCUUAUGGGCCAUCCGCUUGGGUCUCAUUCAACUCUUUUCUUUCUUUUUUCUUGAGCUCACAAACACAAUACCUGCCUAAUAUAGAAAGAAAAUAUGACGUGAUCAAAUGAAAGACGACUGCGAGCAGUGCAGCUACUAUUGUGGUUGCUUUGAAAAAACUUAUGGGGAUUUGCGUUUGUGAAGAUGUUGAGUUAAAAACAACGCAAACUUCCCCUGUACCUCGUUUUAUUUUUAGUUUUGCCCUUUAAAAUCUUUUGUUAUAACAGAGACAACCCUGUAACAAGCUAUAAUAAGAAGACUAGCAAUUGAACAAAGAGGUUUUAGAAAUUAUCACAAAUACAGCCGGGAUAAUUUGUUCAUCUAAUUUUUGUUGCAGUGUUACUCUGCCGAAGUUCUGUUUGACUCCUUCUCCAUUGAGUCAAACAGAUUGAACCAAACUUCUUUUGAAAGGAUAUGCCCAGCCAUAGUACAACAAAUUGAAAGUAAAUCAUGUGAAAGUGGAAAAGAGGACAGCGGUGAUGAAAGUGAAAGUAAAGCCAAAGGUAAGUACUUACAUGUACCUUAAAUAACUCGCUAAGGUAUUUGAGCUCGUUAAUUACGAGAAAUAAUUAAAACUGCUGCAGCUUCUCACCAGAAAAAUGACAAUUAAACUACACCAACCACAGCAGAAUGCUAUGAUAUAGACAGCACUGCUUUUUAAAGCAGUGUCAUUCUGCUGUGAUUGGUGUAGUUUAAUUGUCACUGAACCCCAUAACCCGCCGGAGAAGACUGGCGGAGAGCAAUAAAGACAAUUUGAUCCACAACUCAGGUGAGGACACUGUAAAACUAUCCGGCAUUCUCUUUACUAUAAAUGUCAGAAAAAAGAGACCAAAAUUUCUUUUUUCCUACCUUUUUUCCUUGUUACCAUAGCCAAUGUAACUUGUGAGCAGACUCAAUGCAUCCCGCGCACUAUAAUCAAGUCAAUAAAAAACUGUAACUAUUAUCGGCAAUGUCAGUAUCCAUUUAUUAUUAUUACUGAAAUUAUUGUUAUUAUUAUUAUAUUUAUUUCUAGAUCAUUAUUAUGAUUAUAAUUUACAUUUUUAUCCUUAGUCUAACAUAAAUGUAAUGAGAAUCGGAGCUUAACGUUUUCAGUAAUUCACAUACCGGUAGGUCAUAUUCAGUCAUUUUAUAACUUACAAGUUCUGCUCAUCAAAACCACAGGAAUAAAGGAACAGUGUGAAGACAUUCAAAUGUUUAUACAAGCGUUCACUGGGUUAAACAUUAAUCAAGCUAAAACCUCAACUCUGUUUCUAACAAACCCUGAUUGCAUCCUUAAAUUGCUUUUGGUCACUGCUUUCUUUUGUUGAUUUUUUUUGUUGUUGUUUUCUCUGUUUUAGCUUGGGGAUUUGGUUUCUUGUCUGUGACCAUCAUCAGCUCUGCAUCUCUACUGGGAGCUUUUAUAGUGCCGUUUAUGAACAAAUCAUUUUACAAGAUUCUCCUGCUGUUUAUGGUGUCUCUUGCUGUUGGUGUGUUGAGUGGUAGUGGAAUCAUUCAUCUCAUCCCUCAUGUAAGUUCCAUGAAAUAAAUGAAAACAUUAUUUUUGCUGCCUUUUCUUUUUCAAAUCCCUUCGUAAAUCUCCUGUGGUUAUGGUGCGCUUUACCCAAUCAUUCAGGUAAACGUGGCUUUCAAACCUUUCAGAAGGUGAAAUGCAGUCCAUGUUUUUCCAGACUCUAUUUUCAAGAUAUUUUUUACAAUUUUUGGCAGACGUUUCUUGCGUCUCUCUCCACUGGAAGGGACUAUUGUUUCAUUGAACAACAAGCCUGAUCAAAAAAAAGAAAAAAAAUAGGGGUACCUGCUGGGUCCAUUUAUGGCACAUCGAGGCUGGUUGUGUUUUUGUGGGGAUGGAGGGGGAUAGGGGGAAAUACAAGGCCAUUCCCAGGUUUCAGAUCUCCAAAGGCGCCUGUCUCCACGCUGUAAUCCACAAACUGAGAAACUGACAUCUGAAAUCAUUAAAGCUGAAAAUCCUAUUCAACCACAUUCUAGGUAACAUCACUUUCUCUCUUUAUUCUUCCUCUUCAGUUUCCUCACUACGUGACGGGAACAGUAUCCUCAUGAACAAUUAAUUUCCGGUACUUUGUUUAAAGGACAAAUUGAAUAAUUGGACUUCUUCUGGCAAUUUAAAGGGACUAUGUCAGCUGGAGAGCAUGCGCGUUGAGGUUAUGCAAAUUACCUUUAACUGUCAAAUUCUAUUGUUUUUAAUGCGUGACUUCCCUUCACGUCCAAAGCUACGAAAUGUUUAAUGAGACGUUUACGAGUUUGGAUAACUGAUCUUUUGAUAGAAUUUACGGAACGUUUCCUUUCUGGUUAUGCUAUACUCAAAUUCUUCGUCUAGAAUAAAAGUGGUAAGACAAUUUUACUUGUAGUUUUGAGGUAAAAACGCGUGCCAUUCAUAAAAAUAUAGCGCAAACAAAAAUUCACCAACAUAAUUGUAGUAGUCAACAAAAUAAAUCAGUCUUAUUUAAGAAACGACCUACAAAACUUUAGACCAUCGGUAAAGACCAGGACUGUUUCAAUUUACUAACAACUUGUCUCUCGCUACUGAUCUUUGUAAUUUAGAUCGCACGCUGACAGGACAAGAGACGCCGUUUAUUGAUGCCUCCGUGUUGAAGCGAAACACACACUGAUUGCGCAAAUUUGUUCGAUCGUGCCGAAUCACUGCGACGUCGAGAAAAACAGAACCAAGUAUCAUUGGUAUUCUGCUCCAUUGUUAGCAGUCCGGGAAUAACAAGGGAAAAUAAACUCUGCUAUUUUCCAAAAUAUGCUCAAACACAAACAGUUCAUAAACAUGACCACCACAGAAUGUAACUCGUACUGGUCCGUUGCUAUCUAAGUCCGUUGAGAACAAGCUAGACGAGUAAACGGUCGUUUUUUAUCGUUGUCGUGAAUGAAGAUAAACACAAGAAGGAAUCUAGCCGAAUUGUAUAACAUUUCCUUCGUCAGAAAAUUAGUUUCGUCUCAAAACUCAUGGCCACGCUGUGGUACCAGGGGCACCCAUCGACUGUUUUCUGUAAAAUAUCUGUUCGGGGAAGGGAAAAUUGCCUAGAAUUUUCUAUAGCUUGAGGAAGGCUAAAAAUUUCUAGAUGACUUUUCCAUUCGUGUACAAUUUUCGAACCUUAUCUUAUAAAUUCCCUACGAUUUUCUUAAGUUUAAUUUUUCGCAUUUCACUCCCCAGGUUAAGCUAUUUUUCGUAGAUAAAGGAAUCCUAAAAUUUUCGGAUUUGAAAAUGUGAUGGAGAGAGGAAUGAGAACAAUUCUUACUUUCGUAAAACGUUAAAUUGCAUCUAAAAUUUUCGGGAAAAUAGUACUGAAGCCCUAGCAAUUUCGAAAAGACUCAAGUUGCCCUAGGAUGACCGAACAGAUACAAAUCUUAUAGCGCUGCUUAAAAUGCAUUUCUAGAGAUCUAAAAGCUCUCUGGAUACCCUAAAAAGUGUUUUCAAUGCGUUUAGGAAGAAACCGUCGUUGGGUGCCCCUGUAGUACUCGAUAGCCGCUUCAUGUCAACAUACUUUGAACACACACACGCAAAAAAUAAUUCAAGAGUCAGCAGCCUCUAAAAUGACUCAACAGAAAGUUUCUGUGAACUAUAAGGAAGAUUCCAUUUAAGAUUCCAUCACUCAUCGUGGAGUAGCCGUCGUUAAUUCUCUGCUAAUUCAACGGCCUCUGGUAAGACGAUCAUAAGAGGACAUUGUAAAUCCACGUAAAAAAAAUCGAAGGACGAACAGUUUCAAAAUAAUGCAAAAAUAUUCUUCUGUAAUCACCAUAGAACGAUUCUUAGUUCAGAACUUCGCGAACUAUUGAACGAUGGCUGAGAUUUCAGCAGCUAAAAACAGCCUUCCGAAAUCUCCGACAGAACUUAAACAUAACAUAACAUAUAACAUAAAACUUUAUUUAAACUGGAAUUUUAGAGUAGCUAACAAGCUAAUAUCUUCGAGCUGACACUACAUAAAAACUAUAUAGAAAAUAUAUAUAUACAUUAAAUGCAAGGAAAGAAAAUAUCAUUUACAAUUCACAAUUUCAAGUUUAAGUAUGUCAGGCAAAAAGAAUCUACAUGAAGGUAACAUCCUGUAUUUUAGUCUUAAAGUCUGCAAAAAAACUGGUACGAAAGAAGUCCGGCAGUGCAUUCCACUGCUUAGCUGAAAAGUAAGAAAAGGAGUUAAGACCAUAGGUAGUUGUUUUAGGUUUAUUUAGUGAAAGAAUGUAGUUGCCACGAAGAUCAUAGGAAGAGGACCGGAGUGAAAACAUAUUCUUCAUAUAAGUAGGAAAAUGAGUGAAAAACAAACUCUUAUAUAACAGAAUGAGGAAAUUUUGAAUGCGUUUGUUAAACAAAGAAGUAGAGCUGACUUUUGAGAGAAGAGUGUUGUAUGGAGACGAGUAAUCUUCAAGUAUAAAUCUAAGUAUUCUUUUAUUUAAAGCUUCGAGCUUAUCCGCAUCGCGCGCUCCACUAAAGACGGGCCGUCUUUUUCAAGUUUGUUUUCACUGGCUAGCGCAUGAGCCACGGGUGACAUAGCCCCUUUGCAGACGUUUUGAAAUACCUUGUUACAUGUAAUUUUCGCGACAUGUUUAGCUCGCGAUUUUCAUGUGCGCAUAUUUCGCGAUUUUGCGAAAAUUUCGUAUUUUGAAUCACUUUAAUUUCUCGUUUUUGAGUACAACAAUUAACAUUUCAUAAGCAGUUUCGUUUAAUACGUCUUUGAAGUAAAUAAAAUGACUUUAUCAAAGGUACAAUAACGUCAAAAUUAAGAGAAACGCAACAAAAGGAAUAAAUGCAGCAGUCGCAAUGUCCACAAAACGUUUCAUGCUUGUACGUGAAUUAUUGUUCUUGAGUCAAUUGACCACAACACCCAUUUACACUGACAAUUCCUCAGAAAAGUAAAAAAUGUGAUUUUGUAAACGUUUCAGUGGUAAAAAACUCUAUGGACAUAAUGGACAUAAUGUGAGUCACUUGAUUUUUUCGUCAUGUUAUGUUCGCGACACUUAUUGUUCGCGUCACUUAAAUUUCGCGAUUUUUUUUUUGUAUGGCGAGAUUCGCGAAAUUAACGUGUCGCGAAAAUUUCAUUUAAUAAGGUACCCGUGAAAAACCUUCAAAAGAAUUUGCAGCCUUAUACAUAAAAAUUGUGACUAAAUAUUAGCAGAUGCAGAUCGUGAAACAUACGCACGUUUAACGUGCACGAGCUAUUUUGAAUGCUUCAGUGUAACUGUACCAAGAAUCUACCUUUUUUGUGCGAAAUUGGGUAUGCUGUACAUGAAUGAAAACUCGAAACGCUCAGCUGAGUCGGUGCUCAUGCUAUAUGUUCCCUCUUCUCUAUCUUUCCUUCAGACAUCUGGUGCAAAUUAAACAAAUUGUUCAAGUGCAAUGAAUAUCAACUCACAAAACGCUGCUUCGAAGGGAAAGUCGAAGGUUUCCUCGGAGUUACUUUAGACAACGUUGCUCAUCGAAGACCGAAUAGUUAAGAAAUAUCACGAUUUUUAUCCUUGUGGUAGAUGGUUGCAUCUUCAUGAUUCACGAGGUUUUCACAUGCGAUUACACUCAAUGCAACAGUCUCUAACUUUGACUACUUAAAUUUUCAUGUUUUAAAAGCUAUUGCUUCUUUUAAAAUAGACAAGAUCCUAUACUUAAGGUAUUGGUUACAACACUAAACAGGUCCUCAUCCGUUCAAGUUACAAUUAUUACUGUGAACAGCCAAUCUACAUGAGAUGUAGGGCGCGAUCCAUUCAACCAACAUUCAGACCGGUCCGACCGGGAAAAGUGGUCCACCUCAAAAUGUGAACCAGUUUUUUCGAAACUUUUCCGGUGGGACCGAACCGAUCUAUGGAGUUUUGGACCGAAAUUUCCGGAAAUUUUGGUUGAAUGGAUCGCGCCCGUACGGUCACACAGCUGGCACGUUGAAACGUUGGACUUUGCCCCUUUUCGUGGUUGGUACGUAAGGGAGUUCGAGUUAUUACACAAUAAUCUAGUAAGCAGGGUUAUAAAAAUAGCUCAUACACACAAUUUGCGCGUGAAGAUGUUGGACUUUGGCCUCUUUUACAAUUAGUACGUGAAAGAACGCAGAUUGUUUACAAGAUUAACUUGCUCAAGCGAUUUUACGAAAUCACCCCCUUUUCGAACAUCUGCAAUAAAAUUAUGCAUCAUUUCAUGUUAAGAUUGCUGCCCUAACAUCAUUAUUUACUUCCAAGAAAAUUAUCAAACUGUCGAAAUGCUGAUUUCUACUCCUGUCAUGUUAUUCCACUCAAUGAGUAAAAUUCUCAUUAUUUUGUCAACUGGCUACUUCCAAGUUUGUUCGCUAACGCUAUUGUUUCAACAAUAGUUACGCAUCUUUACGAAGUCCGACUACUACUAGUAGUUAACAGUAUAGCUGCCCCCUCUCUGUAUAUGGUCGGUCAAUAGUAUUCUUUGUCGUUGCGUAGGAACAACAAUGUAAAUACAUCUACCUGAAAAAAAAAAUGUUAUUUCCUACACUACACAUAGCAGAAGAGCUAUUCCCUUAUUUUUCAAAAUUACCUAUUUCCAUGAAUACCAAAAACCAAUCUUGGCAUCUGCAUAAUGAGAUACAUAAGAGUGAUUGUUAUAUAGCUGGAAAUUUCUUCCCAACAGCGCGCGCUCUCAUUGGUUACUUUGUUACAUGACACUAACAAUGAAACUGUUUCCCGCCAAAAUCUCCUAGCGGUCAACAUUGCAAAAUCUAUGACGUCAGAGGGUAACAGUCCAUUGUUCCGGCGAAUGUUGACCGUCGACUGCCGUUAUAGCGAGAUUAAAUGGAUUUCCAGCUUCAAAAUUUCCAACUACAUGACUGUAUAUAACAAUCUCAAAGCUGAGUUUCUCGGGAAAAAGACCAGUCAUUAAGUGUUUAAUGUUAAUAGGAUUUGAUCGAGUUAUUGUUGAAGUUAUUUUUUCUUCCUCUGACUCCUUCUGUUAGGCAUUUGGUUUUCAUGCUCAUGAUGGAGAACUGGGAUAUUUGUGGAAAUGCCUUGUGAUCAUCGGUGGAAUAUACUCCUUCUUUUUCUUGGAAUACGUCAUGAGAAUGAUUGUCAGGUUUAAAGAGCAGUCCACAUGUGAUAAUCAUGAUAAAAACGAAAUGGUAAGUGAUCUUAUGAGCAAUUUGUCACUUGCACAAAUUUGUUGAACCUCUACUUUUCGUAGGUAUUAAAGACGAUAGUAGAUUGUAAGCUGGACCUCAUUCUCUCUUGUUGUAAGACAUUGCAGUAAGAUUUUCAACACCACUUGAAGAUAUUCUGAUAGCUAUGAAUCAAUAAUACUAUCUAAUUAAUAUACAUGUAUAACAAUUAUUAUUGAAGAUAUUCUGAUAGCUAUGAAUCAAUAAUACUAUCUAAUUAAUAUACAUGUAUAACAAUUAUUAUUGAAGAUAUUCUGAUAGCUAUGAAUCAAUAAUACUAUCUAAUUAAUAUACAUGUAUAACAAUUAUUCACCGAAGUGGAGGUGCCUAUUGGUGGAUAUUCAGUGAUAUUUACCGAUCCGAGAAAUAAAUAUCCACCACUAACCACAGGGUAAUUGUUUUAGCGAAAACAGUGAGAUAAUUGAGCACAAAAAUGAUGAUUUUUGACCCAUUUACUGCUACCAACGAUCAAAAUUUUAGCGCAGAAUUGAUCAAACGGUCGACGCGUUUUCUUCCCGACAAAUAAAACGUUUGAAUUUGUUUAGCUCUUGCGGGGAAAUUUCUUCUGUUUGUAUUUAAAACCAUUCUUUAAAAAAAUAACUAUUAGAUUUAGUUUUCAGCUUAUUUAUGAAAAUGUCUGCUUGAGAAAUAAAGUAAGGCAAGACUUAAUUUGCAUUUGUAGACAAAACACUCUUUCAAACAGACAAAUCCUUACCUGUUAAAACUUCCAAACAGAAUUUCGUCACCUUUCUUCGUGUUUUGGAAACAGCUUUUUUGAUUAUUCGUGAAAAAUCGUUAAGGUUGUUACGGCAGCAAACUCGGGAAGCCAUUUUGCUCGUACAUGAACUUACGCGAUUUUGACGCCGUUCGCUCGGAGGAUCAGGAGGUGAAUAGCACUGGAUAUCCCGAGUUUAAGCAGACAAUCAGAGCGCGCGAAAAACACUACUCACUGUUUAAGUAUAGUAUACUAAAUAAAUUUGGCGCGCCUAACUGUGAAGCUUCCGGAGAAAAAUAACAAACACAGUUUACUUGCUCCGCUUUAAUUUGUGGACAUGCAGACCAGACCUGAAAACGCUUUUUGAAAGUUUUCGCCAAGAACCGAUUACUUCUGUACAUACUAUUCGGAAAUUAAAUAAACUCGUCGUUUGGUAGGACUUAUUAAAAAUGCAAUACUAUUUAGGACGGGACCCUCUAGCAGGCCCGUUCUUCCUAAUGGUAAGACACUCCAAAAUAACACAUAAAAGAGAUGCUUAGGAAACUGUUAAAAAAGAGGCCAUUUUCUUUCUUGCUGCUGCAUCGACCUGGCAGUGCACCAAUACUAACCUGUCAAUUGUUGUUACUUAUUGAGAUACUGUAAACUGCUGUUUAUAACCUCCCUCACGUAUAGAGCGUUUUCACAUGACGUCAUGGCGGCCAUUUUGGUGUUCCAAAACAAUGAAACGGCGGCUAUGUUGGUGUACUAAAGAAAACAUCUGGGAGUUGAAAUCUUUUCUCAUGUAAAAGCUUUCUUUUUUCCAAUAAAUUUGCAUAGACGCUGGCCACUCGAGUGAAAACGCUCUAGAAGGCCCCCACCCCCCCCCAAAAAAAAAAAUAUAGGCCCAUCAUAUGUAUUGACAUGAAUUCGAUUUAAUAUUGCGUUUUGAAGCUCAAAAACGAAUAAAUGUAAGACGUAUUUUGAUAAACACUGCCAUAGCUUGUUUCGAAGCGCUUUUAUAUUCCGGUUAUAAGCCCUCCUAUUAAACCCCUUACGAAGAUCAAUAAACCCAGGGUUAUAAGUUCCAAGGCUCCCAGUUUAUAUGCGGCAGUUAACGGUAAUUUGUAUUCCUUUUUUUUCAAAUAAGGACAAGUCCACGGGUGACAUACCCGCAGCAGGUAUCGCUGAUGUUCAGCUUCAACUGUAUAAAAAGAACCGUGAUCACCAUAGUGCCCUUCAUAAUCAUGGCGCUUCCUUGCCAGAUGUGAAGAUCUGUGGAAAUGGGUCAACGCCAAAUGGCUUUCCAAAUGAGGUAUGCCUAGACAAACAAACAACUAACAUACUUUUCAUAUAAUGAUUAUUUUUAACAACCAUCAAUUCAUUAAUAUGUGGACAAUCGCUAUUGUAGUUUUUUACUCAGCCUUUCGCGUUGCGUGACAACAACAAUUAACAUCAAGCUUUAUUUUGCAGGACCAUACAAGAACAUACAGUAUUGCAAAAGCUAUUUAUAAUUAUGUCUUAAGAAUGAGAACUAAAAUUUCAUCACUGGCCAAUUAAACUAAUUUGUUAAUAAUUCGUCGCGAAAGUCAAAGCAAGCAGAAAUAUUUUUCAUGAAUUAUAAAUUAAUAUAGUAAUUAGAUGCGUUCAUCAGUUCAUUGAUCAAAACGUUCACAGGUAACUGGGUAAUAUUUGGAAUCAGAAUCUUAACUUUAUUGUAAAAAUUAUUCCUAAUCAAAGAGCAUUUUGAACAAUUGAAAAGAAAGUGAAUUUCGUCUUCUAUUUGAUUGGAUCCACAAAAAAGGCAAUUCCUAUUAUCUCUAGUAGUUUGAUUGUAUCCACCAAGUUCUAUCAUUAGCAUGUGGUUACUUAUUCGUAGUUUUACCAAUUUCUCUCUCAGCUGUUCCUCUCGUUAAGUCUAGGUAAUUAGAAGUGGUAUGAUCGCUUUUAAAAGAUCUAAAAAAUUCUAGUUUUUGAGAGUGGUGAAGGGUGUUUUGCGUGAAGACACUGAGGAACGGCUCUGUAGAAGACAAAACAAUAGGCAACGUACUACCUCGUACUACCGAAACAGGUAGACCACGAAUUCAAAAAUACGCGUUACAGUUGAUUUUGGUGCCAGACGUUAACCACUUAGGUCAUGUGGAUUUGUUUGUCAGACCAAAAAGGUGAACUCACACGUGGUCACAUUCUUUUCUUAUUGCUGACUUUGUUGUUUGCUCAUCAGAGUGGUCAGAGUUUAUAUAGCGGUAGAGGGCUGCAACCGAAAGAACUUUCAUCCGCAAGCGAAAAUUUCUCCAUUUUGGUUGACUUAGAACUUAGCCUAUCUUUAGCCUCCCAAGUGCUCAGGAAAGUGACCACGUGAGUUCACAUUUUUGGUUUGAAAAACAAAGCCACGUGACCCAACUCGUUAACGUUUGGCGACAAAAUCAGCUGUCAGGCAUAUCUCUGAAUUCCCGGUGUAUUUGUUUCGGUAGUAUCAACUCCAAAUUACAUUGUUUGCAAAUCAAACAGUCAAGUGCACGAAUUUUUGCAUAUUUGGAAGUACUAAGUCUUAUUUGAGUACUGGUGAUGUACCAGGAAAUCGUUUCCAUCUUACGAAAAGAAUACAUAAGAAUCUAAAUUUAUUUUUUUAAAAUUACAUUGGGUGCAAAUUAUCAAGAUAUAGAGAUUCGAAAAUUUGGGAAAAAAGUGGAAGUUGAAAAUACGACUGCAUUACCAGGAAAGGGAAAUUACUCUUUGUUCGCAAAUUGUUGGGAGAUUGAGGAAUAAAUGAUUUUAUGAUGGUAAAUUAAAUUGUAAUAAUUGUAAUGUUUUUUAAACAAAACACAGGCGUCUUCGCAAAAUAGCAAAAAAUCACACGAGAAGAAGAAAAUUGCUCCUGUUGCAUGGAUGAUCAUUAUUGGUGACGCUCUUCACAACUUUAUCGAUGGGUUGGCAAUUGGUGCUUCAUUUUCCAGUUCAAGAUAUAUCGGUGUCAGUACUUCACUUGCGAUAUUCUGUGAAGAGCUUCCACAUGAACUUGGUAAGUACUAACUUUGAAAGGCUAUGUUCAUACUAUAACGGAUAGAUUUUGCGCCGGCAAGAAAACCAUACGGGAUAGGGCUUCUGUUCACAAAUAAAAGCAGUGAAUUGGGCGCGAUUUCUGUAACGGAGCGAAGCUGCGCCGCGCCGAUCUCGUGAGAAAAGUGGAGAGUCACAUAGCGGAUAGGUGUCCACACUUAAAACUGGAUAGCUUUCUGUGUCGGCACGAAAAGUUAUCUGGUACUGAGUGUGAAUAGUGGAAUUUAGAAAAGUUAUCAAAAGAACUGCGAGCAACAAAGUGUUAAGGUAUAUUAUACUACUACAGGAGAAAUUUCUGCAAUUUGAUUGGCUUAGAGCAGUGGUAUUUCAGCUUAAUUUGAAAUACCUACAUGUGAAAAUUACAAACCUUUUGCGGGUAGUAGUAUAAACAAAUAAUAGCAGGAUUUGUACGUGAUAUUUGGCAUAAAUACCACUCGUGAUAUUUCAAAAUUGUCUCAAAUUUCAAUCGCCUAACGGCUCGUGAAAUUACGUAUAACAAUUUUGAAAUAUCACUCGUGGUAUUUAUGCCAAAUAUCACUACAAAUCAUGCUAUUACCUAUACUAAUUACACUUUCACUGCUUAUUACAAAACAACUGAAAUUUUUGUCCUGAUAUAGAUAGGGGCGAGCUGCAUUCGGAAAUUUUUUUUUGAUUUUACAAAACGUUUUUGAAAUGCUCCCCAGGUGACUUUGCAGUUCUUCUGAAUGCUGGUUUGUCAUAUAAAGCCGCAUUGGCCUUCAACUUUUUGUCGGCAUGCACUUGUUAUUUGGGGCUUGUCAUUGGAUUGUUGCUAGGUUACACAACGUCCGCUGUCACGUGGAUCUAUGCUCUUGCUGGUGGAUUGUUUGUCUACAUUGCUCUUGUUGAUAUGGUAAGUUGCACCUUAAAACCUAAAGGCCUUCGCAGAAAAUACCAUAAUAUUCAUUAAUGGGAAAGAAAGAAUAGAAUUUGUGUGGAAGAUGAGUUUACGUUUAAAAGCUCGGUAAAGGAUAAGGGUCACCUUUUAUAGAUAUAAUAUACACUUAAUGUCAGAUCCCAAGGGAAACAGUUAGUUUUGUUCGUCUCGGGAAACAUCAGGACUCGAGGGAAAACAAAACUAACUGCUUCCCGAGGAAUAAUUGAUGAGAGAUUCUGCAUAAAACCAAGCAUAAAAUCGAGCCAGGAAGAAUACCGUCUAGUUUUCGUCAUUAAGUAUGCUUUUUCCUUCAUGCUAUUAGGAUUCAAUUUAAUUAUAUCUUGCCUCAUUACUUGAAAAAAUUCCUUUAACUAAGAGGUACCUUAAAUUGCCUAUACAAAUUCUAUUUGUGAUAAAAGUUAUCUUGCAUGAAACUGGAAAAAACCUGUGAAUAUAGGUUUUCAAGAAUAGUUCCAUCUAAUGGGCACAGCCUCUCUCCCACGUCGGUAAUGGUCGUAAAUAAAAUCUGGGCAUGAAGGAGUAAAAUCAAAGCUCCUGACCAGAUUCUGGACAGGUUUAUCCCAUCAGCAUAGAAUUUUUGAGGACAAAAUGCAAACGCUUCUCUCACAAAACAUCCCUGUCAGCGACGAGCAAUGACAGACAGCUGUUUAGCACGCUACGUUAUCACUGCUUUGGGAUCAUUAUCAUAAAUUAUCAAACUUUAUCCGCUUCUAACAUUUAUUUCCUGUUUGUUUUAAUGCAGUUACCGGAAGCUUGUGAAAUGUCAGCUAAAAUCGGAGAACGUUCCAUUCGCCGAAACAUCAAGGCCUUUGCUCUUCAGAAUUUUGGCAUACUGCUUGGCUUUGCUAUUAUGCUUAUUUUAGCUCUCUACGGAGAGACAAUUUCAGUUAAGUAGAGCAUUCUCAAAGAUCAGUAACAAUUUUAAAAUUCAAAUUGCAAUUGUUGUGUUAUAGCGUUGACGUUUCACGUUUUUAAGCCCGUUUUAUAACUUUAAAUUUAUGCUGAAAAGAUUGCACAGGAAAGCACAUGCGUUUGGGUAUAGGUGAGUCGCUGAGAGUUUCAAUGACCCUGUUAAGGACCAAAAAAUUCCUAAGAUACAUAGUCUGUUUAGGACAAAGGACAAAAUGCACGCCGUGUUGUUUUACAGCCAGUUGUUGACAAUUGCCAUAGAGCAAAUCCACGUUUUUGUAUACUUGGAAUACAAACAAAUUUCAUUAAGCAAAUUAAAUCAAUCGUGCAGGCAAUACCCUGUUUAUAAUUAGGAAAGACUCGCACGAAAUUGAAUAUCCUUUUUAGGACAGAAUGGCGCGAAAUUGUACACCCUGUUUAGGACAGAGAGGACAAAAAACAUACCCUAUAUGGCCUCAUAGGCCAUACAAAGGAGUACACCCCAUAGGCCUUUUCUGCUCACCUCGUGAUUACGGCCAGUUUUUCUCUGCCCGGCAAAUUCUUUAUAAAAAAAACGUUAGGAGCGGUCACCCGUUAAUACGGCCAAAAACCACAUUUUAAAAUCCCAGACAGUAGAAUCCCUUAUAAUUUCACCCCGUUAAUGCGGCCACUCGAUCGAAAUUAAGAAAAAUGAAAAUGCCUGUGACAUGUCAAUUUUAUUGAUCUAGUAUCCUAGUCUAAGCUUAUUCUUGUCCUGUUUUUAGACUACAGUACACUUAAAAUGCACUUCUGGCGAUUUAUAAUGAGUUUGUUUCAUGUACUGGAGGAAAAUUUUAAGAAGUUUUUUCAAUUACUGUACGCGAUAUCUACAUUCCUGUAGUUUAUUAAUGAGAACAGUACGGUGAAUGCGAUGUACGGUGUAUUCCUGGUGUGUUUGUCAUUACGGCCCUCGAGUCAUGAAAUUUGAGCCUACCCCGGUAAUGCAGUCGCCCCGUUAAUACGGCCAAUGUUUUUGGGCCCAUUGGUGAUCGUAUCAACGGGGUUCCACUGUAUUGAAAAGUAAAAUAGUUUAAAGUAAACUGUUUAAUAAUCGGUCCCUAUUUUAAUAGGAAAUUAACAAUUUGUUUAAACUAUUGUUCUUAUUGUCUUUUUCUGUGAUUUUUUUUGUCGUAAAAGAGGUAAUUUGUAGAUUAAUUUACUUUAUUUAUUUUUCUUUUCUUUCUAUCAUUUUUUUAACAAAACUAUAUCUACACUAUAAUGCGCAUGGUAACCUAGUAUUAUCCUAACCCUUCUGUCAAUAUUUUUAUAAUUUUGAAUAAAAUUUGACUUGACUUAAUGACUUGGGCUAAAGAGGAUCAGUCUGAAUAUGAUUGAUUAACAAUACCUCCUGCCGGGAUACCUAGAACAAGGUAAAAUUGACCC